AAAGACCUACCGAAGAUGCCUGUGUUUCCUUUGAAGUAGAAAUUUGGCGUUUAUGAAAUAUAUAUGUAUUUUAUCAUUGUUUUCAUCUUUGAAAGUUAAAGACCUACGGGAUGUAUCCAUUCUUGUUAUGUUAAUGAAAUCAAGAUGUUUCCUUGAAAAAGAAAGAAAUUUGGCGUUUAAAUACAAAGUUUCAUCGGGUUAAGGAAUGAGUGAUUUUUUUAGUCUAGCUUUCUUAUGUUAGUUUGGUUAGUUUCCUGCAUUAAGUUUGUGCUAUUUUGGUUUACAAGCCAAACUAUAUAAACCAAGUUCAGAAAUUUGAGAACCAAACAAAUCAACUGCAAGGCAGGUUCUGGUAAUAAUGGCUAAAUUAUAUUUGAGGAUUUCAAUUAUCAUGUAUCUCAGCUCGGCAGUUCUGUUUCUUCAAGCUUUUGCACUGACAGAUCCUUCGGAUGUCGCAGUUCUUCAAGAUCUGUAUAUGUCACUGAAACAACCACCACAGUUGGUUGGAUGGAAUUUAAGUGGUGGGGAUCCCUGUGAGGAGGCAUGGAAAGGCAUAUCGUGCUCCGGAUCAUCGGUUAUUAUCAUUAAACUUAAUGGACUCGAGCUAACUGGAAGUCUGGGUGGCAAUCUCUCCGACCUUUUGCAAUUGAAGCAGCUGGAUUUUAGUCACAAUUACAUAGAGGGAGAAGUACCUAUGUCUUUACCCCCUAAUGCAACACAUAUAGACUUAUCAUGUAACAAUUUCAAGAAUACUAAUUUGUCGCUUGAAUCUAUGAAGUAUCUGGAGCAUCUGAACCUAAGUCAUAAUUCCAUAUCGGGACCAUUAGGCAAUACGUUUACAGGUUUUCCGAACCUAAAACAAAUGGAUCUGUCGCAUAAUAAAUUCACCGGUAAUCUACCAAGCACAUUUGAAAGUUUGACAAAUCUUAAAUCACUGUUUCUACAAAAUAACGAGUUCAAUGGAUCAGUAAGUGUUCUUGUUCCUCUUGCUCUCCAUGAACUGGACUUCCGUACAAACCGUUUCAAUGCUCGGCCAGGGGACUUGUCUCUAUUACCACAGCCACAGAUGACUGAUUCCGAGAUUGCUGAGUUCAAUUAUAUGUUUGAUCUCAAGGAACGAGAACGCAGAUUUAAAGGAAGACACAGCAUCUGCCCAGUACUUCCAAUCCCCAGGAGUGAAUAUGAAAGAAUGUGGCCGGAGGGGAUGAAGUUUGCAAAUGCAAAAGAGGCAAUACAGUUUGAAAUGGAUAGAGCAAGAGCUAGAGAAAUAGAUGCAGCAAGAGCUAGAGAUAUAGAUGCAGCAAGAGCUAGAUCCCGAACAGGCCGAAGCCAAGGCCCUUCUGGAAACGGUUUUGUGUGCCGAAGAUAAGGGAGUUGCGGCUUUACACGUUGAAGGAGAUUGUCAAAAUGUUAUCAAUGCUGUGAAUGGCACCUUGGAAGCGAUUUCAACUAGAAACUUUUAAUAAUUGGAAAUGCCCUUUUGUGAAAAGAGAUGUAAAACACGUGGUGCCUUGGCUAAACAUGGUAUUUUAAGUCUUCAAACUGUCUUCUAAUUUCCUUGCUUGGAUAUCUGAAUGUAAUCUCCACCUUUAUUAGACCUAGUAGGCAAAGCGGGAGAAACCAGAUAGCCAGCAGGACUGUUGUAGGCAACUCCUCCAUUGGUUGUGUUUCCCAUGCUUAGCUGAAGUUUCCCACUCAUAUACUGCAUAAUCAUACCUUUUGCAGAAGAAUCAACAUAUUCAAUUCUACUCCAUCUUUUCUUUUCA